AUGAGAAACCUUAUAGUCUUCAUUCUUCUAUUAAUUUGUCAUACAUAUUUUGGACAAGAAACUGGACGAAUAUUAAAUGGAGUUGCGGCACCUGAAAAUGCUUAUCCUUGGAUGGUUUCAGUACGUUUUCAUGAUCCAUCGCCACCAAAUCGCAUGCUUACUGUCUGUGGGGGUUCUAUAAUUUCGGAUAUAUUUGUACUUACAGCUGCUAGUUGUUUUUUUAAUGCUCACACGUUUCCUCAUAUAUUUACAAUCAAAGCUGGUGCACAUAAAAUUGACAAUGAAAAUGAUGAACUAGCGCAAGCUCGCACAAUUUCUCAUAUUAUUACUCAUCCAAAUUAUAACAAUAGUAACUAUCUCAAUGAUUUGGCACUUGUACGUGUAACACCACCAUUUAAUUUGAAAGCAAUUAAUGUCAAUACUAUUUCUCUAUCAAAUUUAACAUCAGUCGAAAAUAUGUUCCUUUUGACAAUCGGAUGGGGUGUUAUUCAUCAAACAAAUCAAUCAGUGGCAGCAACAACACUACAAGAAAUAGUUAUUCAAGAAGAUGUUGAAUGCACUAACACUAAAAUGACGAAUUCAACAACACAACUUUGUGCACCUGGUACAUGUACACGUGACAGUGGUGGUCCAUUAAUGACUUUUUCAAAUGAUACCCAAGAUUAUGAAUUAGUUGGUGUUACAAGUUUUCGUAGUUCAUGUACUACAGAAGGUCUUUUCACUCGUGUAGCACCUUUUCUUGAUUGGAUUUCUGGAAUCUUAGAAAAUCCACCACCAACACCACCGAUUGUAACAACAACUAUUCAAACCACUACAACAACUGGUCGACCAAUUACGUUUCCGUGUAAUAUAAGUCGCUCAUGUGGAUGUUCAUCUGUACCCGUUGUAUUUCAUGAUGAACCUUCUUCAUCAAUCAAGCAUCAACAACGAAUUGUUGGUGGUGAAGCAGCUCAACCACAUAGCUGGCCAUGGACUGUUUCCAUUCAAGCUUUCAUUGGACAUAACUGUGGAGGUGCUCUUAUUAAUAGCGAAUGGGUAUUAUCAGCGGCUCAUUGUCCAUUACAUAGUAUAUCUACAGUUCAUAUCGGUCUUCAUAAUAUAUCAUCAUUGGCACCAAUAAUUCGUAAUGUUAGUAAAGUUGUUGUACAUCCAGAUUUUGUUCCUCCACCUCAACAUAUAAAUGAUAUUGCUCUUCUUCGUCUAUCAUCUCCAGUUGAUUUUGCAGCAGCUGGUGAAUAUGCUGGUAUUUCUUGUUUACCAACACAGUCAAAUGAUCUCAACUAUCCCAAACCUGGUACUCGUUUAGCAGUUGUUGGAUGGGGUCGAUUAGUUUACAAUGGUGCUGCCGCUAAAGAGUUACAACAAGUUCGUGUUAUGACAAUAGAUAAUGACGAUCAACGAUGUAACAAUUCAAUCUAUGAUAAACAACGACAAUUUUGUGCAUUAGUUGAUGGUGGUGGCAAGGAUGCAUGUCAAGGUGAUAGUGGUGGUCCAAUUCAUCAAUGGUUAGAUGAUCACUGGGAACAAGUUGGUAUUGUAAGUUAUGGUACAGGAUGUGCUGUUGCAACUAAUCCAGGUAUAUACACAAGAUUAUCUUACUAUCAUGAUUGGAUUCAAAAAACUAUAAACGAAAUUGAUACAACAACGAUUGCCCCGUCAACAUCUGCUUCAACCACCACCACAACUGUCUCAUCAACAACUACUUCAACCAUCACCACUACUGUCUUAUCAACAUCUACUUCAACCACCACCACCACUACUGUCUCAUCAACAUCUACUUCAACCACCACCGCUACUGUCUCAUCAACAUCUACAUUACAGACUACUACUAGCAAUGCUAUUAAAAUCAAUUCUAAAGUACUCUUUAUCUUAAUAAUUUUCAUUUUACUUCAUUUCUUUCUGAUCUAA